AUGUCAUUUAUUCAUAAUUUUGUUUAGAAGGUGCUUCAAUUUAAAGGAACUUAUGAAGAUGCCUUAUUGUAGAUUCAAUCUUUUAUAGCACAGUUAUUUUGUUCCUUAUUUGAAGUAAAGUAGAAUCAAGAAUUACUAAUUUUUAAUGCUUGUAUAAAAAGAAUAGAUUAAGUCUUAAUAAAUCUUCAUGAUUACUUUAUUGGUAAAACAUCUUUAUAUAUCAAUAGAGGCUUCUCUACCAAUAAAAUGUAUAUUUAGAGAUAAACCAUAUACUCAAGAGGGAUUCAUUAGUAGUGAUGAUGAGGUCUAAUAAAUUGUUUAAUCAUCUGUUACUAAAUUGAAAUAGAUCAAUCCUACAGUUGUUUAAGAAACUAAAUUACCUAUUGAUGAAAAAAUUAGAAUGAGGGAUGAUUUAAUUUAAAAAAUGACAAUUGGAUAUUUGAAAGAAGUAUAACAUUUAAGGGAAAUGUUUGUAAGAAAAGAUUUAUUUCCAAAUGAAGAAAUUUUUGAUGUCUCUUAUUAUGAUUAUACAAAUACAUUAGAUCCAAUCAUAAGAUAAUUUAUUUACAACAAAAUUUUAGAUGUUACCUAAUAAUUUAGACUUCAAAUCUAAAAAUUAACUUAAUCAAAUUAAAAGUAUCUCUCAGAGAUUGAAAAAUUAAGAUCAUUAGUCAAAAAAAUUGUUGGUAGUGCAGAAAUUGAAUCUUAAAUCAAAGCGAUUUUAUAAAUAGAUAAAGAUUUAUAUAGAUUUUGGAAAGGAAUAUAAGAAGUAAUAGGAACAUAAUAAAUCUUUGAAGUUUUUGAAAAAAGAAAAUAAGGAUACGGAAUAGAUUAUACUUUAAUUGAUAGAUGUAUAAACAAUAGUUAAGCUUCUGGUAGAAUUUUCACAGAAUUCAAGAUUUAAUUAGAAGGUAAUUAUUAAUUUAAUACUGCUUAGAGUAAUAAUUAAAAUUUACCGAACAAGUUACAAGGGAAUUAAAUAUGAAAAAAAAGGAAAUUGAAGAAUUACAGUAUCUCUUGUAAGAUUAAAAAAAUAAAACAGAAGUAGAUUUUUUAAAGGUCAAAUAUUUUAUAAGAUAAAGUGUAGAGUAGACUUUUUAAAUUGAAUAGAACAAAUGUAAAUAUAAAUAUUUUAUUUUUAAUUUAUUAGGUAUGGAAUAAUAUAGAAAAAAUAUGCAAGAUGCGUUAGAUUUAAUUGCAAGUAAGGAAGAGUAAUCCUUGAUUCGAAAAUGUAUUAAAAGUCAUGCAUUAUACAAAUGGAUUUACUUAGCAAAUAUAAAAAAAUAGUUGAAUUAAAAAAAUACAAGAAGAUCUUUAUCCAAUGACAAAUCUUGCAAAUCAACAAAUGUUUUUGGGUUAAAAGAUGAUAGAGUGAGUAGUUUGAAAAAAGAAUUGAAAAUUUCGAAAGAAAAUCUAUUAGAAGCACAAAUGAAUAUGUAAGAAAGUUAAGGGGAAUUAUAAACUUUAAAAUCUAAUUAUACUAAUUUAAAAUAUAAUUUUGAUAUGUAACUAUCAACUCGGAUAGCUACACAAUAAAUUAAUGUUUAAUUAGAAAAUACUGUAGAUUAUUUUUCCAAGAUAUAUAAAUUUUUAAAAAAUAAAGUCGGUUUAAAUUAUUUCGAAAUAAAUUUAAAAAAUUCUAAAUACUUUUUAGAUAAAUCUGAUGAACAUCUAAAAUUGUUUGAAUAAAAGGUUUAAUCUUUAAAAUCAUAAGAUUAUGAUAUGCUUCAUGAAUUAGUAUAGUAAUUAGCAAAAAGAUAGAUAAUGUAUAAAAAGAUGUAUUCAGAAUUAGAUGUUAAUGCAUUCACAAUGACUGAUAUUUUUGAUAUUAACAAGCCCCUAUAGGAUUCAGAAAAUGAUUUGAAUAAUUAUAUACUAAUUAAAAGUGAUUAAUUAAGAUAAGUUGAAUAUGAUAAUUAAGUGUUUGAAUAAGAAUUAGAAGAAGCAAAAAAAUUAUUUAUAUAAGAGCAAUUAGAAAAGGAAUAAUAAAGAUUAGAAGAGGAGUCAGAACUGGAAAUAAAUUAAGAUAUUGAAGAAUAAAUAUAAGAUAAACAUAAUUUAGAGUAAAAUAAUCAUGAUUCAAGUAAUAAUAAAGAAGAUAGAUAUUUGAAGGAAUCUCUUGAAAGUAAUUUUGAACAUAAGUAAAAUUCUAAUAUUUUCUAAAAACGGUAAAAGGGUUUAUUAAGAACUGAACAAAAUGAAUUUUAGAUAUAUAGAUAACAAGUAGCUAAUACAAAGAUUAAAAUGAGAAAUUAAUAAUAAUAGACUAAUGUAACAAUUGAUUGUACUAAAUGUUAUAAUGAUAUAUUUGAAAGGAUGAAUCCAGAAUUUCAAUAAAAAUAGAAUGAACAUAAAUCUAAAGGGAUGGUUUAAAUUUCAAAAUCAAAAUUUUUUUAAAAUAAAUAUUAAACAAUGGCAUCUAUCUUGAGUUAAUAGAAUGUAAUGAGAAUGUAAUCUGAAAGAUUUAAGAAAGCAGAUAGAACUUAGAUGAAUUAAUCUAUGUAUUCUCAAUAAAACAGGCCUUAAAGUAAAAUUGAGAGAUCAAUAACAUAUAGAGGAGAGAGAGCAUAGAUUAUAAUAACACCAAAAUCUGUUCCAAUAACUUGUAGAAUUAGGUAAAUAAAAUGA